GGUCCUUCUCUUUUUGGAACCCUCAAUCACUCACUUCUGAUUUCACAUCCAACAUUGAUCUGUUCUGAAAGCUUGUGGUCUUCUUUUGUCGUUCCUGUCCUCAAAGUGAUCGUCUCUCAUUGCCUCCUCUCCGCACGACUCCCGGCGCAAACAUGGACGACUCAGAAGUCAACCAAGACCAGACGGAAUCACACAUCAACAACGAUCAAGACCCCGCCGUUGCAGAAUCACAACAGCCAGACCAAAACAAAGACACCGAGCCCUCUGUCGAUGUAUCAUCACCCGCCUCCCGCCCCUACGACGACGACGCCGACGAAGCCACCCGUAUCGCCUCCCUCGCAGCAGGCAUCCGCGACCAAGACGACCUAGAACGCGACAUCGGUCGUCAAGCCGACGCCCUUCUCCUCGAGCAAGCCGACGAACGCGACACCAAACGCCUCGAACGCACUCUCGCCGAAAAGUCCCGCCUCGACGGUCAAGUCCAUCGGCUGGAGACAAAGUUGACCGAAUUCGGCAACCAAGCUACCAAGAACAGAUACCGUGCUGAGAUUGCGAAUUACAAGACGCAGAUCGAGGGCUUGCAAACGGAUCUGGAUCAGAUCCAGGCGAGGAUUGAGCAGAGGAAGGAUGAGGUUGCUAAGGCUGGGGAUACCUUGUUGGGGGAGGCGGGAAAUCAGAAGUUGCCUGGUGAGAGCCAGAGGGAUUUCCUGAUCAGGACGGGAAAGAUUACGCCAUUCUCGAAGAUGGGAAGGCAGUUGUUGAGGACGUCUUCAAGUCUUGCUGAGGUCAUGUUUGAUGCGGAAGAGGAAGAGGAUGAAGAUGCAGCCGAGAAAGAAGUUCAGGCUGAUGCUCAACGGUCACAUCGGAAUUUAAGGAUGCCUGGUUUUGCUGAGGACGAGAAGAGUGAGGCUGAGGAAGAAGAAUUUCCAGAAGAGAGACCCAACAAGAGACGAAGGCUGCAAUCUAAGACCAAAGGCAAGGGUCGUGCGGACGAGGACGUGGAACUGGAAUCUGCUGCUGAAGAGGAAGAAGACGAAUACAUCCCGGAUAUGGACGACAAGGAGCUUGCCGCUGUUGGUGAAUCUGACGACGAGGAAGAGCCCGAAGAUGAGGAUGUCGAUGGUGACUUUUCUCUCGGCACAUCAGGAACUCCCAAGCGCAGGAGAGGCGGAAAGAAGAUCACCAAAAAGGCACAACAAGCAGCUGAAGCACAAGAAGAUCUCGCUGGAAUUGAUGAUGGCAACGAGAAAGUAUACCAAGAUAGACUACAAAGCUGGAUCAGACGACGAAGUGCUGCACGCCGCAAGCAUCAAAAGCCUACAAAUCCUGAAGACGAUGCGACAAAUGUCGACAUGGAGCAAGAUGAUGGCGAAGAGCACUCUGCAAACCAAGCAGAUGAGGAUGAAUGGCAUCUACCACAUCCUACGCAAACCGAUGCUGAGUUCGAAGGCGGAUAUCGCAUACCUGGUGACAUCUACCCAUCACUAUUCGACUACCAAAAGACUGGUGUGCAAUGGUUGUGGGAACUCUACUCGCAACAAGUUGGUGGUAUCAUUGGUGAUGAGAUGGGUCUUGGAAAGACUAUUCAGAUCAUCUCCUUCAUUGCUGGUUUACACUACUCGAAGAAAGUCACCAAGCCUAUCAUCAUCGUAUGUCCGGCAACUGUCAUGAAGCAGUGGGUGAACGAGUUCCAUCGAUGGUGGCCUCCAUUGAGAGUCUCUAUCCUUCACACCUCCGGCAGUGGUAUGCUUGAUGUGAAGCGUGAAGACAAGCUUGAGGAUGAUCUUGACAACUUUGAUUAUGACGGCAAUCCAAUCAAGCCAUCAAAAGGCAACAAGUCUGCCAAGCGUAUUGUUGACAAGGUUCAAAGAGAUGGCCAUGUUCUGGUAACAACCUACUCUGGCUUGCAGACUUAUGCCGAAUAUCUCAUCCCCAUGGAGUGGGAGUAUUGUGUACUGGACGAAGGCCACAAGAUCAGAAACCCAAACACAGCAAUCACUAUCUACAGCAAGGAGAUCCGCACGCACAACAGAAUCAUUCUUUCCGGUACGCCUAUGCAGAACAAUCUCACUGAGUUAUGGUCUCUCUUCGACUUUGUCUUCCCUAUGAGACUUGGCACGUUGGUCAGCUUCAAGCAACAGUUUGAAACUCCCAUCAAGCAGGGUGGUUAUGCGAACGCUUCCAACUUGCAAGUCGAGACGGCGAUGAAAUGUGCAGAGACACUCAAAGAUACCAUCAGCCCUUACCUCCUUCAGCGCUUCAAGGUCGAUGUCGCAUCUGAUUUGCCGAAGAAAAGCGAACGUGUUUUGUUCUGCAAGUUGACCAAGCCUCAACGAGAUGCCUAUGAAUAUUUCCUUAAUUCAGGCGACAUGACUGCAAUCUUGAACGGUAAGAGACAAGCACUCUAUGGUAUCGACAUUCUGCGCAAAAUCUGCAAUCAUCCCGAUCUUACAGAGCACAAGACCUUGUCCAUCAGAGCUGAUUACAACUACGGCAAUCCAAACAAAUCUGGAAAGAUGCAAGUCGUCAAAGCUCUACUCGAGAUCUGGAAGAAGAACGGACACAAGACUUUGCUCUUCGCUCAACACCGUAUCAUGCUCGAUAUUCUUGAACGCUUUAUCAGAGAAAUGGGUGGUAUCAAUUAUCUUCGCAUGGACGGCAACACUUCCAUCAAAGACAGACAGACGCUCGUCGACAAGUUCAACAAGAACCCAGACUUGCAUGUUUUCCUUCUCACUACAAAGGUGGGUGGUCUAGGUGUCAACCUCACAGGCGCCGAUCGCGUUAUCAUCUACGACCCUGACUGGAACCCCUCUACCGAUGUCCAAGCUCGUGAACGAGCAUGGAGACUUGGUCAAAAGCGCGAAGUCGAGAUUUACCGUCUCAUGACUGCCGGCACCAUUGAAGAGAAAAUCUACCAUCGCCAGAUCUUCAAGCAAUUCUUGACCAACAAGAUUUUGAGAGAUCCGAAGCAGAGACAGACUUUUCAACUCCGAGACUUGCAUGAUCUGUUUACUCUGGGAGAGGCCAGUGCUGAUGGUCAGACAGAGACAGGCAGUAUCUUCAAAGGCACAGAGGUUCAACUUUCUGGUCCCAAGGCUAGCGAUGCAGAAACCAAAACCAAAGAACAAGAAGAUGCCGAAGCGACAGCUGUGGCUGAGAAAGCAGCAAAGGAGAAAGAGGUCUCUUCCAUCAUCGGAAUCUCCCACGCUGAGGACUUCCAAGGCGAAGAAAAGAAACCCGCACCCGCAGCCGACAAUGCUGAUGGUGAAGAAAAUGGCACAUCCACUAGAGAUGAACGCAUGCUCGGCGCCAUCUUCGCCCGCUCAGGAGUCACUUCUGCUCUCUCCCACGACGACAUCAUAGCUGGCAACUCUUCCUCCAAGAAAAUCACCGCCGAUCCCGAAAUCAUCGCCAAAGAAGCAAAACGUGUAGCAGCCAUUGCAGCACAAGAGCUUAAGAAGGCAGGAGAGAUUGCGAGACAAUUACCCGCUGGAAGCGUCAGUUGGACCGGCACAUUCGGCACAGCCGGACGUCCCGAAACUCCCGCUAGACGAGGUGGACUCGCAGGUAGAGGAAGAGGCGGUGGAAGAGGAGGGAUCGCGGGCCCCAGUAGCGCCAGCGUGCUUUCCCAUCUUUCCGCCCGUCAAGGCAUUACUGCUUCUCGCACCACUGCAUCCACACCCACAGCUUCCACCUCCACAUCCCGCGCCGCCACACCUUCUGCAGCACAUCCACAACCAAAAGGAAGAGAAUUCUUGACGUUGAUCAGGGAUUAUCUUCUUGCUCAUGGGGGUAAGGUUUAUACCCAGAAUCUUAUCGAUCAUUUCAAUAGGUACUGUGGGAGUGCGCAGAGGACUGCGGAGUUUAAAGAGAUGUUGAAGGUUAUUGCGACGUUGGAGAAGGGGAGUAGAGGGAGGGGCAAGUGGGUGCUCAAGGAGGAUUACAAGAAGGGGGUUUGAAUGGGGAAUGAGAGAUGAGAUGCAAGUGGGAGGAAGAGCACGAGAUAUGACAUUGAUGGAAAGCAGGGAGAAGAGAGUAGACAAAUGGGCGAGAGGGACGAAUUGAUGAACGAGGAGGUAAUGGUAAACAUGACGAAUGCAUUGCUAAGCAUAAUACCCAUCUCUACCACGCACAGCAACGAUAUAUCCACAGAAAGCAAAGACUUCCCUCCCUCCAAAUCAUCGAAGUUCCC